UGCGGGUCAGAUUGGUCGAAUAUUUAGCAGCAGCUCGAUGCAAACACUUAACGAGGGCUGAUAUGAGGAAUUUAAGCCCUGACCCUUUUUUUCGUCAGGGACCAGCGCCGUUACGUCGAAAGAGCAGCGAGAGCCGGGGUAUAUUGCAGCGACUUUAUCAGCCAGAGCAACCCCACACUGUUGUUACUCACUUCGAAAUAGAUAAUAAUAACAACGCGAGAGCUCGCAAGUUGCAUCAAGACUGUGGCUGCAACUGUCAAAGGUGGAGUGGAUACGCGCAUGACCCAACACACACUACUGUAAUACUGUACACGACCGCCGAGAUAAAAUCCGUAUAAAAAAGCCGAAAUAAUCCCGAGGAGCCGAGGACCUGGUCGUGUUUCCUGGGUGUUUUCUAAAUAUUUCUGGAGGGUCUAAGGAAAAGUCGGAGGUUGGAGAAGUGCCUCGUGGUGUACAUAUUAAUGCAGAAAAGGAGGAGGGAGGAGAAUGCGUUUGGAAACUGGGAAUGAGGUGAAACUACGCUGGAUUUCUUUUCAUGGACACUCGGGAUUGUGAUUCGCCUUUUUGUCGUCGUGUUCAGAGGAGACGAGGCUGACGGCUGUCCGCUUCCCUUCGGCCCCCCAGCCUCCUGUCUGAACGGCCCUUGACGUACAAGCAGGUGUGAUUGCCAUGUAACAUAACAUUGGUGGAAAAAACGCCCACUUUGGUGCCUGUCUCCUGACCUCCUCCUCCCGUCACGUGGGUGACCCGGUGGGGCCCCCCAGGUCUCCUGCUGCUGAGUGACUGACCCCACAGUUCAGGUAUGGAGAGCUCCAGUGGCCCCAGGCUUGGGAAGCUGUCCUCAACAGGCCUGCCAAGGGGCCAAACACCCAAGCACGGACAUCCCCAGGAGUUUGUUAGAAGCACGCCGUGCCCUGAAAACAACAACAAACACAGUUUAAUGUGUGACAACCAAGCAGAUGGGAAGAGGAAAGGUCGGCCUAAGACUGACGGUCAGGAGCUUAGGAGUAUUCCUGCACAUUUGAUAAUACAAUGGAAGGAAGAGUUCAAGCGCCGCUCCAGGGUUAAAUGUCCAUGUACAGGCUGUUGGCUAGAAUUUCCCAGCAUCUAUGGCGUUAAGUACCACUAUCAACGCUGCCAAGGACCCACUGUAGCUGAGAAGCUGAGUCAUGGCUGUCCCUACUGUGAGGCAGCUUUUGCCACAAAAGUACGGCUGGAGAAGCACAAACUGUGGAACCACCCAGAGAGAGUUAGCAAGGAGGCCAAGGAACAGCAGCUUCUUAAGAUUCCUGUCAAAUCCAACAUCAAGAAAAGGCCUAUGGAGAACAGUCCGCCAUCGCCGAUGUUCUUCAAGGUGAAGAAAACGUGUGAGGUUUCCGCACCAUCUCAGAAUGGAGAACUAACCCACCUCAAGAGUGAGAGGAAAGUACACAGUCAGAUCCCGGCUUCACAGCAGAUUCAUCCAUCGUCGCACACAGUUCAGCCUCAGUCGCAGUCUCAAAGCACAUCAUCCGACGCAGGAGGGAGUGAAAGUGAAGGCGGGAGUCUUCCCUCUUCUUACCCCGACGAAGAUCCAGAGCGAAUGAGGCACAGACGGAAGCAAAAAACUCCCAAGAAAUUCACCGGAGAACAGCCGUCAAUAUCCGGGACAUUUGGGCUGAAAGGUAUGACUAAGGUCGAGGAGAAGCUGAAGGCAGGUCGUGUGAAGAGACCAGAGGGCUGUGGGUUCAGCGAUGAGCCUCAGAGAAGACCCACAUCUGCUCAGUCCUCAAAGAAAGAGCCAGUGACAACAAGCUCAGGUGGUGUUUCUGACACUCAGUGGCAGCGAACAAUCUCGGAGCGAGGUGAAGUGGUGUGCCCGACCUGCUCCAUUGUCACCAGGAAAACAAUUCAUGGUCUGAAGAAACACAUGGAGAUCUGCCAGAAGCUCCAGGAUGCCCUAAAGUGCCAGCAGUGCCAGAAACAGUUCCGGUCCAAAGCUGGUCUAAACUACCACACCAUGGCUGAACACAGCACCAAGCCCUCAGGGAGCGAAGGCCAGACGGGCAACGAGCACGAAGAGAGAGAGCGGCUGCGGCGAGUGCUCAAACAGAUGGGACGAAUCAAGUGUCCUACUGAGGGUUGUUCAGCCCACUUUUCCAGUCUGAUGGGCUACCAGUAUCACCAGCAGCGUUGUGGAAGAGAGUUUUCUGACGAUGAGAAGCCUGUGUUUCUGUGCCAGCACUGUGGGAAGAGCUACCGCUCCAAGGCAGGCAGAGACUACCACAUACGCACUGAGCACCCGCCGACCAUCACCACCGUCAUGACAGCGACAAAUGCCAAUAACUACAAGAACAGCAUCACUGACACCAACAAUAAUACAGGCAAGGAAAGGGGGAUCUCUGAAGACUCUCCGUUAGUAGGGAAGAAAAAAGAGCAAAACUUGCUCGAGAGGAAAGACUGGCCGGAGAAAAUCCCAGCGAGCCAGCCUAAAGAGAGGGACUUGGAAAAGGAAGAGGAGAGAAAACAAAGCAAGGAGAAAGCAGCACAAAUUAAGAGUCAGGGGGAGGACUUUGAAAGGACACCCAGCGGCCGAGUGAGGCGGCAGUCUGCUCAGGUGGCCGUGUUCCACCUGCAGGAGAUAGCAGAGGAUGAGCUGGCCAAAGACUGGGGCACUAAGCGACGCAUCAAGGACGACCUGGUGCCUGAUAGCAAAAGGUUGAACUACACUCGUCCUGGCCUCCCCAACUUCAGCCCAGAGCUACUGGAGACCUGGAAGAACCAAGUGAAGGAGAAGGGCUUCAUUUGCUGCACAAAUGCUAACUGUGAAGCUGUAUAUUCCAGCGUCUCUGGACUGAAGGCACACCUUGCCAACUGCAGCCAGGGUGGUGGUGAAAUGGGAAAGUACACCUGCCUGAUCUGUCAGAAGGAGUUUAGCUCAGAGAGCGGUGUUAAAUAUCAUAUUAGUAAGACACACUCACAGAACUGGUUUCGUGCAUCAACCAGCCAAGUGGUUUCUGGUAACAAGAGCAAAGGGCUGGAGAACAAUGGAUUCAAAGCUGAGGUGAGGAACGGUGCCACCUCAGGUAAAAAGAGGGGCCGGAAACCAAAAGAACGCCCCCUGAUGGACGAAUCUCUACAAACAAAGACAGAUGCCCUCACCUCCGCCCAAAAUUCACCUCCAGCCAUGACCCCUCCCUCUUGCUCAGCACAGUCCCCAGCCCCGAUACCUGACCAAACGGACAGUGAUGAUCUAGGCCAGGAGAGGCAAAUCCCCCCCUCUUCCUCCAAACGGAACAAAACCAAGAAGCUCUUUUUGUCAGAGUAGCACUGCUUUUAUCAACCCUGGAGUCAAAACGGAUGCUUUUGGUAAACAUGCCGCCUGGAAGCUAAAAGGACCUUUCCACCUUGGCACUGAGUAGAAAGCCAGAUCAACAAUGAAAACUUUAAAGAUUUUAAAAGAGUCUUUAAAUCUUGGUUUUAUACCUUAGAGUUAAUGUGUGCACUGGUAUGAACAUUUAUCACCACAGUAGUGCAUUUCCUCCAUUCCACUUCUGUUUCCUUUAUAGGGCACACAUUUCAGUUUCUGUUCCCACAGCAAAGGCCGUAAACCAAGUGCAAAUCCAAACCUUAACAUUGAUAGAAGUUUUUAAACAGAGUAGUAUCCCAAAUAGAUAAAUAAUAAUAAUUUUCUCUGCAAGAGUCAAAUUGUCUCGAAAGGAUUUAAAAAGGAAAUUCUAUUAGCAUGGUGAAGUCAUUUUAUGAUAGCUGGUGUUUUUCAUGUUUCUUCACAGAUAUACUGUAUGUGUACAUAAACAGUAACUAUAUAUAUAUAUAUACAUAUAUAUAUCUAUAUACUCAAAAUAAUGAUGCCAUCCUUCGUUUUCAAGCCUGAUGCGUCCAGUUGGCUUUUGGUCAGUCACGAAUUUUGCAGUGUGUUUUAGUGCAAUGUUGUUUCAAUGUAUUAUUUUUCCUUUUAGUUUUGCUUUCAUUACUUUUUUGGAUUUCCGGUUCUUGUGAGCAAAUUUCACAUAAGCCACAAUGUUCAGUUGUUCUAUUUCAUCCCUACUGACCGCCAGAGGGCGGUGCUGAAAGCACUGAAUGUUCCCUUCGCGCAUGUGCCGUUCGAGCAAUGAUAUCAACAGAGUCACACCUGUGACAUAUCGGAUGAUCAAUCAGAGGCUAUAUAGCAUGACGUCAUCCGAGGCUCUGUUCCUACAGAAUCUUCUCGCGAAAUGCAAGGAUUGUGAGUGACAGAGAAUCUCUGGCGGUCAUCCGGGAUUCAUAGAACCAUAGUUACAUACGUAACUUUCGUUACAAUGCUGUUCCUUUUACCUAACAUUUCCAUGGUUACUUUAAAUAGAAAGUGAUAAUUAAUACACCCAAAAAGGGAUUUUAUUUUUCUUUUAUCUCUUAAGAUGGUAAUUCAAUUACAAUAACACACAUUGAUAUUAUUUAAUCGAUUUUAUUUAAAGAAGCGAAACAAGGUCUGGCCAAACAAAAUAUUUAGCAGAAGGAAGGAUUUCUAACAUUGUUGCACCGUUGCAGCACAAUCAAAUGAUAUAUCUCUAUUAAAAGGAGGCCAUACUAUGGACUCUGCUUUAUUAUAGGUCUAAGCUGCAGAGAAGAUUUACAAAAGCUAUCUUUUAUAGAAAGGUUUAAGAUGAUAACCUUUUAUUCCACGGGCAAAACAUGUAAAUUAACAUUCUCAGAAUGUGAUGUAUUUGAAUGAAUUAGCUAAAAGUUGUUGCCUUGCACUUUAACCCUCUACCCUUCUUGCUCUCCUCUUGUCUUUUUUGCACUCUAAGACUAUUCAAUCUAGCCUGCAGGUUGUCUCUUUAACAGGAGUGGGAAAAUAUUGCUUUGAUCCAAAAGGAAACAGUUAACUCUGUCUGAACUAUAAAACAAGACUGUGUAAUCAUUGCUUACAGAGCCAAGCAAAAGUGUUCAUACCCUUCAAACUUUUUAACAUUUUGUUUCAUUGCAGCCACAAACUCCAUCAUGCUUUGUUUUGUUUCAUUGUGGUUAACUAUGAUAAAGUAGCAAUUCAAUCUAAUGUAUUUUUACUAAUACUGCACUUCUGCAUUACUCUGUAGAUCCACCUUUUUCUGAACAGUUCUUUACAUUUAGGACAAUGCUCAGCUUUGGUCUCAUCUGGCCAGGGUGACACUUUUCACACAUUUGCUUUCCCCUGCAUGGCUUGUGUCAAUCUGCUAAUCAUCAGUUGUAUUCCUAUUUCUGCUUUUCCAUGAAGGCCAGAUUUGUAAAGUUCUCAAAUAACUCAGCUCAGGAUUCUGUUUUUAUAUUCGGUCCCUGCUUUAAGCUUUUCUACAAUUUCAUCCCUGACCUGCCUAUGGGGAACAGCUGAGGUUUUACUUCUAGUAGUAAAAUGUACUAGUACUGAAGUCUCUUGGUUGCAUUAAAUUUUAUUUAGGUGCAUUAGAUUAAAAGAUGCUGAGUACAUAUGCAGUCCACGCUUUUUAGAUUUUUCACAAUUUAAAGUAAAUAAAAAUCAUUUAUCAUGUUUCUUGUUUUUACCCUAAGCACUACUUUGUGUUGGUUUAUCACAUACAAUCUCAUUAAAACAUUGAAACUUGUUCUUUUAACAUGACAAACGUUUGACAAGGCUCAAGGGGUAUGAAUGAUUUUGCAAGGUACUGUAUUCCAGAAAGCCAUACCUGGUCUUAACAAAGUUCAAAGUUCCUCAACAUUUCAACUUCAGAUUUGCUAUAAAAAAACAAUACAUUACAUUACUUGAUUACUUACGACGAGACUAUAUUCACUUUAACAUGCUAAAAAGUCAAAGUAGAUACUUGAAUCCACAGUUAUGUUAAACUUUUCAGCAAAUGUAAACAACAUAUUACUUGGUUUAUUUGUGCUGUUUGUGUAUAAAAUAAUGACGCUCACUUUUGAAAAAAAAAAAAGAUAACAAAUCUAUUUUAGAUUUUCUUGUGUGUAUUACUUAGAUAGCCAGUCUGCUAGUUUUGGAUAUAUUGUGAUGUGAGGGAUAAUAAGGGUGCUUUACUUGCCACUUUACCUUAAAUACCUGAUACAAUGCACCUAAUGUCUACAAAUCCACCCAGCCAUGACCUUCCAUCUGGCAAGUUGUCUGAAUUUUGGAGCAAAAUGUCAAAGUUAUGAAAUCCAAGCACUGAUGUCAGCUGAACAUACCCUAGGAAUAUAGAGUUUAAUACGUUAUUGGUGUGUUCAAGUGGUUUCAUCCCUGUGCUGUUACUUUUUAUAAUGUACAGCAAAAAUUCAACUUGAAAUCCCCCGGAACUAAUCAGACAGUGGAGUGUAUUCAGAUGGGGAUGAAUAUGUUUUUAUAGUGGAAUGGGCCUUUAUCUGCUAUUUAGGCUUAGUUGACAAAGAGAAGAAGUUAGAGAAGCACUGAUCGGUCAAUGGACGAGUUUUUAACACGAGUUGUCCAGACCUUGCGUGUAUGCGUGUGCGCGAGUGUGUGCGUGUUUGUAUUAAACGGUUAGCACCUUUGUAAAGAGUGGAUGUCGGAGAACGGUGACACUCUCUUUUGAGUGUGAUGCUGUGGCACAGAAUCAGUUCGUCAGCUGCUUGUUUCUCGUCUCAUACAACUUUGCGUCGACUGCGUUUACCCGACAAGCUUUUGGUGUUGCAAUAUGAUAGUUUAGCACUGCUUAUAAGAGUGGAUAUUUUAUAUUUUAUAACACCCUUUACUAUCUGUCUUCCUAUUCCUUGGAAAACACAUCUAUCCUGCAGUGUGAAUAAACUGCAACUUGUUUAAAACUUACAGCAAUAUACCAUAUUUAGCUGAUUUUGUUGGCUUGCUAAUUUUUUGAUAUUGAUGUGUCUUCUUAGAAAUGUGUGGCUUUUUUCCACCCUCUCCCCGGUCCACGCUCCCACAUUUUCUUUAAUUGCUUUAAAAUGCUUUUUACAUCAUAUAAAUUUUACACAACAAUGUUGGAAAAAUAAUCGUAGACCACAAAAACCUUGUUGGCAUACACUUUUAUUUUGUCCAUUUUGAUGGUGCACAUGAUUUCAGCUUUUUUAGUACACAAAGGCAACCCUGUUGAGAGAGUCCUUUAUUAUUAUUAUUAUUACAUAUAGAUAUGGGGGCAACAAAGCAUAUGUAUGUGUGUUUGUUUCUGUAUUUAGUGCACUUACUAUAACAUAAAAUAGGCUUGAAAAUAGGAGUGUUGUUGGAGCUUUCUAGUGACCUGGACUGUGUGGUGUGACUUUUGUACCCAGGGAAACAGGAGGCUCAAGUGUCUUCCCUUUGUCAGCAAUGUUAUUUCCAAAACCAAGGUUAAUCCUUAGAAAUCCUCUUAGCCUAUGAAUUUUACCCUGGUUUGUUUUGUAUGCUACCUACUUGAAAAGCAGGAACUGGCAUCCGACUGGUGCCGGCCAUUGUAAUAAAAUAUUUGAGAGCUGCACGACGGCUCAUAACUGUUUAUGAUACUUGGGUAACAGAUAAAAUGAGACUGAUAAUGUAAUUAAGAUUUCCAUAUCUGAAAUUAAGCUGUAUAGUACUUAACACUGGAGGAAUCAAUUCCUCCUUUGUGUCUGAACUGUUACACUUUUUCUCCCAAAACUUGUUGUAUUACCUGUGCAUUAGUAUCCCUUAACUAAUUAAUAAAGUUUGAUGACUAAA